AUUAUUUUGGCUUGCGUGUAUGCUAACAAUCUUAAUUUAUAUACAGCCACCUGCCCACUUAGAUUUUUAAUAUUUUUAAUAACCAGGAGGGAAACCUUUUUCUCUUUCUAUUUCUCCCCUGCUGUCCUUUCCUCACCACACACAGCCUAAAUAACGAACAAUUUUUCUUUUCCAUUCAAAAUCCUGCACACCUAUUUUAAUACGGCCCUUUUGGAAUACGCUAAUUAUAAUACGCUGCCACUCCCGCGCACAUAAUUGUAGACAUGCUUUUAAAGUCACUUGUGGUAGUUGCCGUCAGUGCAGUUGGCAUUUCAAGCGCAGUUUCUGGACCGACAACUGUCAAGCGGCAACAGAUGCACGAGCCGAUUCGCGGCGUCAACCUUGGCGGGCUGUUUGUGCUUGAGCCAUGGAUCACGCCAUCGCUUUUUGAAGAAUGGGCUCAAAAACCAUCUUCUCCGGUCGUUGAUGAAUGGUCGUAUUGCCAGACCCUCGGAAAUCUGGAGUGCUCGCGUCGGCUGCAGCAGCACUGGGAAACGUGGGUGCAAGAAGCCGAUAUCUACACGCUGGCAACCAUGGAUAUCAACACGCUUCGAAUUCCCAUCGGGUACUGGGCGCUCGUUCCUAAUGCCGAUGAGCCCUACGUGCAGGGCCAAAUCAUUUAUCUCAAGCGCAUUCUAGAGUGGGCAGCCAAAUACGACUUGCGGGUUAUUUUGGAUCUUCACGGAGUUCCUGGCUCACAAAACGGCUUUGAUAAUUCGGGGCGUCGCGGCGAUAUUUCAUGGACAAAGGGUGCUUAUGACAUACAGGUGUCUCUUAGCGCGCUGGAGAUGCUUGCGCAGAUUGUCGACGAGUUUCCAUCAUUGAUAGCCGCCAUUCAGGCUGUAAAUGAACCCGCCAACUGGGGUGUUCCCAAGAGCACAAUUUCCGAGUUCUACCAGCUGGCACACCAACGCGUCAAGGCGUUAGCGCCCCGUGCAGCGCUGAUAUUCCACGAUGCGUUUCUUCCGGAAUCCGAGUGGGAGCCUCUGGUUCCAAACAACCUAACCGACUCGUUUUUGGAUACGCACAUUUACCAUGUGUUUUCCGAGGACCAGCUCAGAUUAUCUGACGACGGCCACAUUGCGCAGACAUGUGGCGACGGCGACAAAAUUGGGCGCUCGAAUAGGCGGGUGCGCACUAUGUGCGGUGAAUUCAGUCUUGCAACCACCGACUGCGCAAGAUGGCUUAAUGGAUUCCAGCGUGGUGCCAGAUGGGAUGGCUCGUACCUAACAUCCAAGCCGGUUGUUACCAGCGGCACGUGUCACGGGCAAGAGGAUAUUCGUGCGUGGAGUCAGGAGAAGCGCGACUUUAUGAGAAAGUUUGCCAUCGCUCAGUUCCAGGCGUACGAAAAGGGAAGUGGUUGGAUUUUCUGGAACUUUAAGACUGAGAGCGCUGACGCGUGGAAUUUUAUGAAGUUAUUCAGAGAAGGCAUUAUCCCGAACCAGCCUAUUGGCCUACAGCCUGCCAUUUGCCCCUGAUAACCCGGCUGUCUCUUUGAACUCGGCCAAGUGCCUCUUAGUAAAUUAUUGUAAUUGGGCUUCUUUUCAGUCUUUUUGCCCCCAAACAGGAUGAAUAGUAAAUGUCUGACGACUCUUGUCAUGUCCUUACUGCAAUACCCUACGUCGUCCAUUUUUAAUUUUUCAUACAUUUACUCUUAUUAUUUUUCACAAGGCAGUAGCAUCUGAUUAUGUAUGCGCAAACUUUGCUAGUAAACUGAAAACCAAAUAGUUGUACCAGCUGUGUCGUCAGAGCAGAAUCCCCACUUUUUCAUUUACCAAUAUAGACAAAAUAAAA